AUGGCGACUCUUCUUCGAAUCAUGAUUCUCAUCUCAAUAUUAGCUUCAUUUUCUACCGUCGCCGCCGGCACUAGCUUCUCCGACAGCGAAUCCGCCUUCUCAACGCUUUCUCCAUCACCAGCUAGUUCACCAAUGACGUUGCUACAAGAAAAUACACUUCCAAUGUCUCUCUUCGGACCAAUUCUAGCAGAUCUAGGUUUCGCCGAUUUCGCCGCUGCUGCUCCAUCUCUAUCUACAUCCACCGUAUGGAGAGGACCGAUUACUGUCUUCGCCGCUACAGAUUCAUCAGUCCUAACAUGUCCUUCUUGUUCUGUUCCUCUCCUUCUCCAGGAACACACUGUUCCUGGACUAUUUCCGAUUCAUUAUCUCAGCACAUUAGCCUUCGGUACCAAAAUCGAAACCCUAGCUCCCGGUCGUUGCCUCACUAUAACUUCAACAAACAACUCCUCUCGUAUAUUCGUCGGUGGCGUUGAAGUCACGCAUCCAGAUCUAUUCAAUAACGGUUUAGUUGUAGUUCAUGGACUACAAGGUUAUGUUUCUCAUCUCUCUCCAUUCUCGUGCAGUAUUGAACGGAUGACAUCGCUAACAUUCCUUCCUCCACCGCCUCAAGCGGAAGCGUUUGUCAUGCGAUUAAUGUUACGAGACGCUAUGCUUCGUCUACGUAUCAGCGGUUAUACAGUACUAGCAAUCGCAUUGAAAGUGAAGUAUGCAGAGUUGAUGGAUUUCAGUUCAUUCACUGUGUUUGCUUUGGAUGAUCCGUCUGUGUUUUCAAGUGGACAAUCGUUUGUUACUGAUUUUAGAUUCCAUGUUGUACCGAAUAGAUUGUUGUUGGCUGAAGAACUUGAGCAUUUACCUGCUGGUACAAUUCUUCCAACAAUGCAUAAUGGACAUAAUCUUAUGGUGACUACUAAUGGAGGAAUUCAACAUACGCCAAUGAGAAUCAAUUACGUGCAGAUGGCGAGACUUGAUUUGUUGUAUAAUUUGAAGAUUGCUGUACAUGGAAUUACUGCACCGUUUCCUAAUGUUAAUCUGACUGCUGCUUUAGAAGUGAUCCAGCUUGGACACCCUGGAUCUCAACAUGCAUCGAUAAGUUCGCAGAAGAAUCAACAAUCUUCAUCAAUGAAUUCUAGAAUGCAAUGGUCUAUGGAGAAUGAUCAUCAUCACGGUCUCUAA